CAUGGGACAGGUGCUCGAAAUUCAAAAUGGCAGAUCCGACAAAAAUUAAAUUCGAACAAAAUUGCCUUAAAAGUGGCAUCAUAGAGCCUCAAAUCCGCAAUGUAUCGGUUAAAAUAAAGGACAAAGAUGCAAAGAAUGAGCUCAAUCUAAAUAAAACAUUCGAUUGCGGACCUGUUUCUCUCAGGAAUGACCUUCAAGAAGCCAUUGAUAAUUCACAAAAAGAAUUUUUCAAAAAUCGAAAAGUGAUCAUCAAAAAUGUCCCUCCUGUUACUUAUAAUGAGGUCAAAUGCUUUAUGGGGAAUUAUGCUGUGGCGAACAUUGCAAUCAGUAAGAAGGCUAGACAUGCAAUUGUGAACUUACUUCACGGUGAGGAAGCAGAGGAGGUUGAAAAAGUGCUAGAUGGGCAAAAGCUGCUCGGAAUGGAGGUCUCUGUAUCACUAUAUCCUCAUGAAAGAUUGCUAUGUGUGGCCCACCUGCCUUCAAAUAUGUCAGAUUCAGAAUUCAGGACAACUAUGUUAGAAUAUGGAAGCAUUGAGAGAUGUUUUAUCAUGCGCAGUUCAAUUACAGGGUUGCCUAAGGGGUACGGAUUUGUAGAGUUCACUCACAACAAAGAACACACGGAAAGAGUCCAGCAAAUUCUUGAUGAUAAACGUUAUGGCUCAUGUAUAACAUCAUGUAACUUCUUGAAAGAGCGAGUGCUAACUUACAAAGAUCUCCACUCCAAGUGUUUGCUGGUUGACCAUCUGCCCCCUGGUUAUAAUAACUUCAGCAGGCUGAAGAAUCUGAUGAACCAGUUUGCUCAACCGAUAUAUACACAGUGUGCAGUAAAGAAUGGUGUACCAUUAGGAUUUGCUGUAUUCGAGUACAAAACUCCUGAAGAAGCUGAGCAGACACAGAGACAUAAUAAUGGAUACACAAUAAUUGGACAAAACAAAAUCCGAGUGACAUUCUGUAUUCCUGGCUAUGGGGCACCCGAAUUACAUAACAUGAAAAUGGUUAAAGCAACGGGUCAAAAAGUGAAGCAAGGACUCUUACCUAGACCUGUAUCUGGUGUGAACCCCAUGUUCCUGUCUAACCCUAUCAACCCCAUUAUACAGGCAGCCAUGGCCCAGAACCCCACAUUAAUGCCAAACUUCCAAACUGUAUUGCAACAAUUACAAAGUAUAAACCAAACUGCUGGGGUACAACAUGGUCUAAUAGGAGUAGGGGGAAGUGACCCAAUGUAUCUGCAACUUGUUGCACUCUUGAUGGCAGCUCAGAUGCAACAGCCCAACCAGAAUAUGAUUGGAAAUUGCAAUGAUCCACAGAUCUUACAGAAAAUUCUCAGUCUACAACAGAGUCUUAGUCAACACAAUCAACACAAUGUGAAUCAAGCCAACAUUGGUGCAAAGCCUUCACUACUGGGGACCCCGGCAAUGGGCCAAUUGAGCAGUAUGAUCCAGUCGCUGAUCUCCCAAAUACAGUCCACUCAUAGGCAGUCUGCAGGUCCAGUGGAUGAUAAUGGUAACACGAGUGAGAACCACUAUCAGAAACCAAAGAAGCCUUGUCUAUUACCUAACCCUGACCAGGCUCCCUCUGUGAAUGUGCCCCUCAAUUUAUUGAACCAGAAUAAAAACAACCAUAUAUUGAAUAGUAUCACUAGCUUGCUAGCUCAGAUGCAGAGAGGAGGGAUGAAACAUAGUCAGAUGCAGGAGAAUGACAGUAUGAGAGGUCCCCAAAACAAUGGAGGACAGAGACCCCAUUAUACUUCAGGCUCGCGUACCCACCCUAACCCGAACCAGAGUAGAUAUUCAAGUGAUCCAAAACCAGGCCCUGGUAAGAAGAUGGGUCUUCUGGGAAAUGCUCCAUCAGAUGGGAUCCAAGUACCUCUCUUGCCCCUUCCUGUGACUAAAAGUGUCUCUGGUCCUGAGAGGGAACAAACAUCAAAGCUAGCCAGCUUGGAGAAUACAAAACCAGCUCUUCUCCCCACUCCUGUUGAAUCAAAAACAGAACCAGAGGAGAAAGGACCUAAGAAACUGUUGUUUACAGAAUACCCACCUAAAUCUACUCCAAAUCUGCAAACACCUACCAAAGUUCCAAAAGAAGGACUCAACCCUGGUCUGAACCCACUAUUUGCUGCAUUUCUACAGGGACCUCUUGUGCCCACAAACCCUAAUCAAGGAGAGUUUGAAAUAGAAGUUAGCAACAUUGCCUCUAAGAAGAAGAAAUCCAAAGUACCUUUGCUUCCUAUACCCCAGUCAGCCUUAGUGGACAUCCCUAUGACCAAGUUAAUGACGAAGAAGAAGAAGAGGAAAGGUCUGUUAGGAGACAUGCCAAGGAGGAAUAUGAUGACUAGAGCACAAAGAAAGGCUAGACAAGCCAAAGAGAAUGCUCAAAUUCAACAAGCAGAGGAGAUCCUUCAUGCUCAACAACAAGUGGACCAGAAUGAGAGAAACAACAAUCCUGAACAUGAAGACCUGGUUGACACCCCUACACGCACCAUACAGCAACAGCUUGAUGCGUAUCUUGCGAACACGCCUAAACGUCCAAUGAAUGAUGGGCCACCUGGCUUUUUGCCACUUCCUUCUGGGCCUCCUUUGCAAGAGAAUGUGUAUCCCAGCAUGCCACCUGUCUUUGAUAUUAAUCCGGAAAGUGCUGGUCAUGUGAUCCCCCUCUUACCAACUCCCAAUAUUGACCCUCAACCCUCAGGAACUGUGAACCCUGUAUAUAACAACUACAACCAGAUGCAGAACUACUAUAAUCAGAUGUAUCAGCAAAUGACAGCCAUACAGCCAUCUGGGUUCCCUCCACAAGUCAUGCCAGACCCUAGUCAGGUUGAUCAGAUGACUAUGCAACAAAUAAUGCAACAGGCAAUACUGGACCUCAAGGCCCCUGAUCGAUCUGAAGAUAAAGAAAGCAGUGGUCCUGAUACUGAUACUGAAUCGCAAGCCAUCUCAACUGAUACUACCUCUGAUACUGCAUCAUUAGGGGAUGAACAGAAGCCCUAUAUUGAACCUAGUGAUUACAAAGAGUUCUAUGGUGCAACCACGCCACGCUUUCAGUUCGAGGACUCCCCUCCACAUGUGUCAAAUUCGCGAAAAAGAACAUCAUCUGAAGCAUUCUUCAUCCCUCCUGCAGAGCCAAGUCCUGAGGGGGACUAUAUCGGCCAACAUUCACAGGGUCUUGGAGGACACUACGCAGAAUCUUACUUCAAACGCAGGAAACUGUUGGAGUGAUGAAACACAAUAGUGAACUUGUUUAAGUAAAACAUGUUGAACACAUUUUAAUUGAUUUGAGACCUGAUAGUGUCCAAAUUGAGGCACAAUAUUAUAUUUUGCACAUUGCACUCAAUUCAACAUGAGGGUUGGCUGUCAGAGUCUGAUAUUUGUUUAUGUGUAUCAUUUUCUAACGAAAUCAAUUUUGCGCUCCCAAAAAGUAACUUUAGCCCGAGAGUUUGGAUGAAUUAGUGAUUAAAAUUAUGUAUAUGUGUAGAGUUUAGUGUUAAAAACGUUUCAACUGCUAGAGGUGUAUACCUCAACAGUUAAGCUAUA